AUGGUUCAGCGUCGUCCACUGCAGAGGGUUGAUCACUCCGUAUCUGCGGGUGAAGUACGGCUGAAGGCACUGUUGCUCCGGCCCCAGCUGGUUUGGCCAACCACGAAGAAUCCACGUCUUCACCUGUCGGAGCAAGGGCACCCUGGUAAAGAUGAUCCCGUCGAAUAUGUGCUACAUGCGCAAGCUUUGACAGAUUUUUCUCUUGGCGCACAGCAGUUGGCAGACAGCACGAGCGAGGACAUGCUUCUCCGACAGGUGAAGACGUGGAUUCUUCGUGGUUGGCCAAACCAGCUGGGGCCGGAGCAACAGUGCCUUCAGCCGUACUUCACCCGCAGAUACGAACUCACUGUGAGUAAAGGUCUAAUAUACUGGGGUCAUCGUGUGGUGCUGCCCGAGACCGAGCGGGUACCUAUUCUGAGAGAACUUCACGACACCCACCCAGGCAUGACUGCAAUGAAGCGCCUGGCCCGUACGAUGUUUUGGUACCCCGGAUUGGACCACGACAUAGAGAAGCUGGUACAAAGCUGCCAGCAAUGCGUGCAAUGUUGGCCCAUGCCAGCGGAACAGGUCCCUUCAAGCUGGCCGAAAACCAACAAACGAUGGUCUCGCCUGCAUAUCGACUAUGCAGGGCCUGUGGAAGGUCACAUGAUCUUGGUGGUGGUAGAUGCGGAAACGAAAUGGAUAGAGGCAGUACCCCUUAAAACAGCAAGUGCAGAAACUACAGUCGAAGUAUUGCGAGGGAUCUUCGCGCGUUUUGGUCUGCCCCAUACAGUCGUUUCCGACAAUGGGCCACAAUUUAACAGUUCAGUGACUGAAAGAUUUUUCAAAGAUAACCAUGUGUGUCAUGUUACCUCCGCCCCAUACUAUCCGCAGUCAAAUGGAUUGGCGGAGCGGGCAGUGCGCACCAUUAAGGAAGGUAUCAAGAAAAAUAAGGAUGGAAGUCUGCUCAAUCGUAUUUCCAAGUUCUUGCUACGCUACAGGGCAACACCGACUCGAGAUGGCAAGUCACCCGCCGAGAUGUUGCUGGGUUUUCAACCCAGGACCCGCCUAAGCGCACAUUUUCCAGAGGAAGAGGUGGCACGGGAUCCCACGGUGAGCAGACCCCCGGCACCGUUGUCACAAGUCUUUUCACCGGGAGCGCCUGUUUGGUCACGGCAGUAUAAUCACGCUGGCCAGAGAUGGUUACCCGGCACGGUGACGUCAACAAGAGGUAGGCGUAUGGUCACGGUGGACACCACAGGAGGGGUGCAGCGCCGUCACGUGGACCAAGUGCGGCCACGACUAGCUGCGGAUGACGUAAAGCAAGAAUUCGACGCAACACGGCCCGGAGACAACCAAGUCACAGAGAGUGAUCAACCCUCUGCAGUGGACGACGCUGAACCAUCUUCAGACGGAUCACUUGGUACACCCCAGAUUUCCAGUGAAGUAACCUCCAGUGUACCGGCGGGCUUAGAACUUCCGAGGCGUUCUACGCGCACAAGGAGGCUUCCCGACAGGCUAGGCUUCUAA